CAAGUCACAGCUUGAUUUGUAGUUGCCUACCAGUUGCUAAUCUGCACCUCAAGACAUUAAGUCUUUAAACGAAAUCACAGCACCCAUGGAAGCGUAAUACUUUUUAUUUUCAUUUUAGCCCAUUGAAAAGGCAGAAGCUGAUUGGAGCAGGCUUCUCCCAAAUCAGUUUCACCUGAACUCUGCUUGGAUUCUCAACUUUUUUUUCAGUCUUCCUCUUCUGUUCCACACUGCCAUCUUAGCAGCAGGUAAGAACAUGCCUAAUGAGAAUUUGGAAGCCAACCAGAAAAGGGUUGGUCUUCUCUUAAUAAUACAGUAAUUUCCAUUGAAUACCACCCCAUUUGAUGCUCUGCUAGCAGUAAAGAUGGGGGUAGAUGUUUCGUGUAAGCUCCUUCCUCUCUUUCCCAUGCCUUCCACCUCUAGACAUCUCUCAGUUAUCAGGAAAUGUGACUGAUCCAGAGGACGCUACUUUUCAAGGGAGACUCUGAAAACUUCUCCUGUUGGUUAUUGUGCCCAUCUCAAUAGAUCAACAAUCUGGAUUUAAUUCAUGAAGCCACAGUGAAGACCAAAACUUCUCUGGCACCAGUUCCUUGGUGAUGUUAGAAAAAGACCCAAAAGAAGAUUCAAGAGGGAAUGCCAGAUGUGAGAGACACUUCCUGCAAGUGACCAUUCCCAUUUAGGAAGGACACAUCCAAAGCUCAUCUUCACCUUCAGGUUCAGCAAGCUUCUAUGUCUUGAUAACACCAGCAGAAAGCAGAAUUCUUGCAAAGCUACUGAAAGGACAAAGUACACUUCUAUAUAAAGGCAUUUGGCUGACCCAUUUGUGACAAGAAGUAGGAUCCAAUGUUAUGAGAUUUUGCAUGGACUUCACUAGACUUCUGCAUAUACAGCCAUGGUGCCUAUGGGGAGAAAUGCCGGGUUGCCUUACCUGCUGUGCCGUGGGUGACAAACACUCUAUUGACAGCUGUGCCCUUGAGUCUCCCGCGCAGUCUCAGAGUGGCUCACUCAUCAAUUUACAGAGAGAGCCUGGAACACAAUGAACAAACUGAACUUCCACAAUAACAGAAUCAUGCAGGACCGACGAAGUGUCUGUAUUUUCCUCCCCAAUGACGAUUCCCUCAACAUCAUUAUCAACGUUAAAAUAUUGUGCCAUGAGUUACUUGUCCAAGUUUGUGACCUGCUACGGCUGAAAGAUGGGCAUCUCUUUGGGCUCAGUGUGAUACAAAAUAAUGAGCAUGUCUAUAUGGAGUUAUCCCAGAAGCUCUACAAGUACUGCCCAAAAGAAUGGAAGAAAGAAGCGAGUAAGGGUAUAGACCAGUUUGGUCCCCCAAUGAUCAUUCACUUCCGAGUGCAGUAUUAUGUGGAGAAUGGUCGCUUGAUCAGUGACCGAACUGCACGCUACUAUUAUUACUGGCAUCUGAGGAAACAAGUCCUGCGUUCUCAGUGCAUGCUGCGCGAAGAGGCCUAUUUCCUCCUAGCAGCCUUUGCAUUGCAGGCUGACCUGGGCAAUUUCAAAAGGAACAAGCAUUUUGGGAAAUACUUUGAACCCGAAGCAUACUUUCCUGCGUGGGUGGUGGCCAAGAGAGGGAAGGAUUAUAUCCUGAAACACAUCCCCAUCAUGCACAAAGACCAAUGUGCUCUCACUGCCUCUGAGGCCCAUCUCAAGUACAUCAAGGAGGCUGUUCGGUUGGAUGACGUAGCUGUCCAUUAUUAUAGAUUGUACAAGGACAAGAAAGAAAUUGAUGCUUCCCUUUCCCUUGGGCUUACCACAAAGGGAAUCCAGAUAUUCCAGAAUGUAAACAGUGAAAGACAGCUGCUCUAUGACUUCCCUUGGACCAAUGUAGGAAAACUUGUAUUUGUGGGCAAAAGAUUUGAGAUUCUGCCUGAUGGCCUGCCAUCUGCUCGUAAGCUCACCUACUACACUGGCUGUCCUUUGCGAUCUCGGCAUCUCCUGCAGCUCCUGAGCAAUAGCCAUCGCCUCUACAUGAACCUGCAACCUCUCCUGCGGCAGAUCAGGAAGCUAGAGGAAAAUGAAGAGAAAAAACAAUACCGCGAAUCCUACAUCAGCGAUGCUCUGGACCUUGAUAUGGAUCAACUGGAAAAGCGUUCCCGAGCCAGUGGAAGUAGUUCAGGCAGCGUGAAGCACAAGCGUCUCUCCCGCCACUCCACUGCUAGCCAUAGCAGCUCCCACACCUCUGGAAUUGAGGCUGAUCCAAAGCCCAGGGAACGAGGGACUGAGGAGGACUUCAUGGUGGCCGCCGUCCAUCGCCAGCUGAGAGCUUGCAGCUCUAUGACCAGUCAUGGUAGUUCUCAUACUUCUGGAGUAGGAAGCAGUGAGAAGGAACGGCUGGAGGAGGACUCCUCUCAGGAGGAUGAAAUAGAAAUGCUGGUUGAUGAUCCUCGAGAUCUCGAGCCAACAAGCGAAACGUCUCUGGAUGACAUCAAUCCUGAUGUUUGCAUUUACAUCACAGAGGACAUGCUGUUGGCCAGGAAGUUUAAUGGGCAUUCAGGAUUAGUUGUCAAAGAAGUGAAUUCGUCUACUUCCAGUUCCUCAGAGACAGUGGUAAAACUUCGUGGCCAGAGCAUUGAUUCAUUGCCACAGAGCAUCUGCCAGAAACCAAGGACUUCCACCGAUCGCCACAGCUUAAGUCUGGAUGACAUUCGGCUCUACCAAAAAGACUUCUUGCGCCUGGCAAGCCUAUGCCAAGAGACAGCGCAGAGUUAUACAUUUGGGUGUGGCCAUGGAUUGGCUGAAGACAGUCUGUAUUGUAAUGGCUGUUUAGCUCAACAGUGCAUCAAUAUCCAAAACGCUUUUCCCGCCAAAAGAACCAGCAAAUACUUUUCCUUGGACCUCGCCCAUGAAGACGUUCCAGAAUUUGUUGUCUGAUGCUGUCGUUGGGUGCUCUGGCAAGACAACGCAAUGUUUCCAGUUCCAAAAACCCUUUCUGGUGUGCCAAACAGGAAUUUUCCCUCUCAAUGGUUUUCCCAGGAUACUUUAAAAAAAAGAAAAGAAAAAAAUCAAGGCCUUGUAAACUGUUGCACUUUUGUAAAAGCUUAUCCUAUUUGCGGUCUCUUUGGCAUCAGUGUUUGCCGUGAGGCAGAAUUUGAUUUGGUUAAAAAUCAGUUGGAUUUGGAAGAUCUGGUCUCUUCUUUUGAAAGCAGCCAAUUUGGAGGACCUUUUGUUUCGCAAGAAGGAUGCACAAUGUUUACUUUUCAAUAUAGAUAUAAUCUCUUUUAUUUGUUUUGGUUUUUUUUAAUUUGCCUCACGGGGGCUCUUCUGUGCUAUGCAUACCAUAGAUUUUUGCAUCAUCUUUGCAGUUGUUUUUCCCCUUGUGAGAAUAAUCGCUUUAGUUCUUCUUCUCCAUUCCCAUUUGUUGUGCCAUGUCAAACCAAAGAAAUGCACCCUGCACAAUGGGUGACAUCAAGACGAAGCUCUAAGCAAUAACUAACCCAAAGGAUUGUGUAGAAAAGUUGCUCAGAGGAUGAAAGCAACUUGAGAUGCAAUGAAUCCAUCUUGUGAUCUUCCCCCUCACCAAAAAAAAAAGUAUGUAAGCUUUUGAUCCAAAUGGAAUCUUUGUGCUAUUUUGUAAAGUUUACAAAAAGAAAAAAAACAACAAGCAAAUGAACAACAACACAACAAAAAUCCCCAAAUAGAUGUUUGGUGGUUUGGGGAAACUUUCUGGAAGCUUUGUUGUUUCAAAAGGGAAAAAAAUGAGGAUGUAGCAAUAGGAUUUGCUGACCAAAGUACCUUAAGUUCAGAGAGAGGGAGGGAGAGGGAGAGAGAGAGAGAGAGAGAGAGAAAGUAUGUGUGAGAGAGCAAAUAUAAAAUAUGCACAUUGCAGAAAAAGAGUAUAUGUUUAAUGUAUUUUUGAAAAUAUAAAACUAUGUUUUAUUUUGGUUUUGAUUUCAGUGGUUUUUUAAAAGAAAAAUUAACGCUUCCUGUCUUUCAAACUGCAUGUAUAGACAAUUGUGCAAAUGCACAUUUUACACAUGGUUAAAACAGCCUCUUUUUUGUUUUUUGUUUUGAUUUGAUUUGAUUUGAUUUGUAAUUUAGUGUAAUAAGGGGAGAGAGUUCUUUCUGUACUGCAAGCAUGGUUUCCCUACUCCAAUAAUUUUUCUUUUUAAUUUUUUACUCCAAUAACUUUUGCUUCCAUGUAUCAUGAGAUGUUCCUCUCCCCUUUCUGGAAAGGGGAAAGAUGUCUUAUCUUGUUUCAUUGAUUGUGUUAGAUCAAUGAACAAGUGGGACUUUUGAAAGGAAUGCUCUGAUUUUAUGUCUGCCAUAGGUUGUAACAAAAGCUCCAUCAGCUGCCAUCCUCCUAUCACCAAAGAGCUGAUCACUGUGGCAUCUUUUUUUAGAGGGCCCCAUUGUAAAGACUGCCAACCCUUCCAUUGUCCAAGCACACUGAGGGGAAGGAAUGAGUAUCAAUAGAACAGAAACAGAAGAAAAUGCUAUCCAAAACAUUUUCCCUGCAACACUAUGUCUUGCACAACACAAUUCCUAGUAACUGCACAACAUGCAAAAGCUUGGUUAGUUUUAACUUUGAUGAUAUGUUAUGGUGACUUAGCCUAUUUCAUAACCGAGUCCCUUAUUUAGUUUGUAGCUGCUUUCUGCAAAUCCAGGAGUAGAUUGAUUCAGCUAACAAUUAAGAGGCAUAUAUGAAUCCAGCCACUACUCAGCAAAAAAAAGCAUCCAGUAUAGCAUUGGAUUAUGAGUAAUUGUCUGUUUUUAGUAGAUUGGGAAAAAUAGAAAUAUUUACAUAUCGCUUCUUCAUUGUGGGCUUCAUGGUGCCAGACUAUCAGAAACACAUGUCUGAGUAACCGACACAUUUUCUUCAGUUCCUUCCCCAAGAGAAUUGAGGAUGUCAAUCUCCACCAGGAGUUUUGAGGUCCAUCUUUGCCUCCUUACCUCUCUACCAUUGUGCUUUAGGGUCCCUUCAGCCAUUGGUUAGGUCCACAAAAGACUUGCACUUAAUGGAUUUGGAUAUAUGCAUACAACAAAUGCUUAUUUUACUAUCUAUGUAUCUGCACAUAAUUAUUUUUGCAAUCUUCUAUGAAACGAAAUAUGCAAAUAUCACCUGCCAUAGGCCACUCUCUGGUAGCAGUUAAUCAGCCUUGAUUGAAACUAGUUAAGAGGGGACCUGAUUUGUGUUUGAGUUAGGAGCCUAGCAGAAAUUCUAUAGACCAGGAAGAUACAAAGACAUCCCUAAAAACAAUGGCAGGCCACUUUCAGAUUGUUCCCAUUAAAAUAAUAUAGAUCAAAGGUGUCAAACUCCCGUUGUCACAUGAUGUAUCACAACUUUUUUCCCCUUUGCUAAACCGGGUGUGGGCGUGGCCAGCACAUGACACACCAGCCAUGAGUUUGACAGCCCUGAUAUAGAAGCUUCUGUGGCAUCACUAAGACUAGAGCUCAGCCCAAAGGAGAUUUUAUCUUUAAGACCUAGAAGUAGCUAUGUCUGUCAACAUGUCGUGCAAAACGUUUGCUGGUGUGUGACUUUUUCUACUAGACCAUAGUAUAGUCCUCCAGAAGACCCUCAAUAUUCUAGAGGGCUAACUUUUCUGAGCUCUGGUCCCAGGGUACCUGAAGAUUUUAUCUGACUUGUGGAUAAAUUCUCCUUCUGACAUAUUUGCAGCCUUUUCAGGAGGAGAACGUCCUGUAUCAGAGGAUAGUAACCAUGGGGGGGGUGGGGGAGGGACAGAUUUUCCCCUUUAUCAGGAAUUGUUCUAGCAGUACAAUAAUUUCCAGCCACUAUUGGGAGAAAAGCAUUUACAAACAAAACAAAAAGAUUCAUAGCAUAUUGCCUUAAAAAAAUAUUUUUGUGAGAUUUUGUAAUCAUAGCCAUAGUAUUGCCAUAUUUUGAUAUAUGGUAUUUUUCUAACUGAAAACAUACAUCACACACACACACAUAAAUAUACAAUAUGUAUUUCUUUGUACACAAAUCACACACAACGGAUAUAUUUAUUUUUAAAAAAUUAGUACAAUAUUUCACUUAGGGGGGGGGGGUGUCAAAAAUCAGAUGAUUGGGCAUUUUGUUGGGCCAUGAGGAUUGUAUAAAUCACCUGUUGAUGAUGAUGAUGAUGAUGAUGAUGACGAUGAAAUGUAGCCAGCAUAUGGACACUGGUAUAUUUACAACUUUGGUGAACUUGUUCCUGCUUCCUCUGAAUAGCAAUAGCAAUGCCAAUGCACUGAUAUUUUUCUCUUCAUAAAUUCCAGUGGGUUGACACCGCUCAGUAAUUGCCUACUUUCAGUGAAGCAUAGUGCCAUGGGUCUUUAUUUUGAUAAACUCCCCCCCCCCCCCCCAAACCUGGUAGGUCAUAUCAGGUUUGUUGGAUGAUGCACGUUUGAAGUAAUGCAAUAUUGCCAUGUGCUAUAUAUUGUCCUUUCUAUUUGCUAAGCUGUUUAUUUCAUCAUCUGGAGCACUGAUAGGAGUGACUCAUCCAUACUCGUGCAAGGGAAGCUCUUCUUGGGAAGAUAUUUGUUGGGAAAGAUGAGGCCCUAUUUCACAGUCUGAAUUUCUUCAGCUGCCUGGCAUAAAUUCAGAAGGGUUCUUCUCUCCUUUCACAAUGCCACAUAGGUAUAUGCAGAGAGGUUGAUCAGUUUCCCAAGUUUGCUCAACAUUUUGCUUCAUACACAGCAAUAAUAAAGUGUGUAACACUCUGGAUAAACUAAGAAAAACUUCCAGUUGUCCCAACCCAAACAAAUAAAGCACAAUUGUUGGAUUAUGUAUUGCUAUUUAGAAGUUCACCAGUCGUAUACCACCACAAAAUUGGCUGUUGUAAAUACCAGGUAAUAUCAGUC